AUGAGCGGUGGUAAAAAUAAUGGCAUCGCAGAUCUCUCGAUAAACACGACUAGACCUGCCAAAUAUAAGGGACCAGUGUAUUUCUAUCCCUUUACCUAUGCCGACCGCUCAGACAAAAUACUAUAUGCUCUCGGAACGGUGACGGCCAUCAUCUCCGGGGCUGCAUUUCCCGUACUCGACUUGGUCUAUGGAAUAUGGACUACUGCAAUAGUCGGUGGUGACUCCGCGUCUGACAUCCGCAGAACAACCAACGUUGUGUCUGGAGACGCAGAAUUUUUCGAAAAUGUCGGGCCCGGAGAAGUUGGGACACGGAUGAUUAAAGAUGUCGCCUCGGUCCGAGCCGCAGUAGGAGAGAAACUCUCGAUCUUAAUAUGGAGCAUGAGCACUCUGAUCGUCGCAAUUGUUAUGGCAUUCUCUCGAGCUCCUCGUCUCGCCGGAGUCGUUUUUAGCAUUAUUCCAUUUUCGUUUAUUGCAUUCACCAUCAUUGGACAACUCUCCUCUAAAGCCGAAGGACGACUUCUAACCAUCGAUGGCCAAGCUAGUACUCUUCUUGAACAAAUAUUGAGUAGUGUUCGUGUAGUCCAGUCCUUUGCGGCCGAAACAUUCCUGGCGAAGAAAUAUGACGCAUAUCUUCAGCGCCUACAAAGGAUAGCAAAGUGGAGGUCGAUCGUUCGAGGCAUGGAAUUAGCCAUGGUGAAUUGUGUAAUUAGCCUCAUCUAUAGCUUAACCUUCUGGUAUGGGAGUAGACUUGUUGUUGGUGAUGGGCUGGAAGUUGGGUUGAUGUUCACCAUUUUCUGGAACAUGUUCAACGCGCUAUUCUCGGUCGUUAAUAUUCUCCCUCAUAUCCUUGCUAUCAAGGAUUCGAUCUCAGUCUCUGCACAACUUCUGAAAGAUAUUGAACGCGUACCCAAGAUCGAUAUAUGUCGGACCGACGGAGCCAAACUUUGGGAAGACGAAAAGGUCAAUGCGCAGAUAGCACUUAGAGAUGUAACAUUUUCGUACCCAUCGCGGCCGGACCAUAAAAGCUUGGACAGUGUUAGUAUGGUCCUCGAGGGUGGAAAGGUUACUGCGCUAGUUGGAGCUUCUGGUUCCGGAAAGUCUACUAUUGCUGCUCUUCUUAUGCGAUACUAUGAUCCGUCCAAUGGUCAACUUCUUCUUACAGGGCACGAUACCCGGUCUCUCAAUCUCGCUUGGCUCCGCUCGCAGACUUCCCUUGUCUCACAAGAACCCCAAUUAUUCACGGCCUCAAUCUUCGAAAAUGUUGCCUACGGCUUAACCGGGACAAUUUACGAGCUACCUUCCGACCCCUCCGAGGAUCAGUUACAGGAUGUACGUAGGCGCGUCGAGUGGGCGCUAAAACAGGCCCAAGCAUGGGAGUUUGUGUGUAAUCUUCCCGAUGGUAUGGAUACGCGGGUGAGCGGUGCAAGGACAGGUGUUUUAAGCGGUGGGCAGAGGCAAAGAAUCGCUGCUGCUCGAGCGUUGGUACGCAGACCUAGGAUAUUGUUGCUGGACGAGGGGACAUCGGCGUUAGACAGUGAAACUGAACAGAAGUUGAUGAAGGCGAUACACAAGGAACAAACGGAAACUGGGAUGACUACAAUUUUGAUCGCGCAUCGGUUGUCAUCUAUUCAGAAUGCGGACAAGAUUAUUGCGAUGAGUAACGGAAAAGUCGUAGAAGAGGGAACAUACCAGGAAUUGAUGGCCUUGGGCGGGGUCUUCAGCAAUCUGGUCAAACAUCAAAUCUCCGCAACUCAACCAUCUAGCCAAAAGCCUGAAACAUCCGGGACAGAACGUGUCGCGCCGCCCACUUUGUCCGCGUCACCUCGCUUGAUUAAAUGCCGCCCUGACUCUGAUGGAUCGACCGUCGCAACUGAUCCGGAGACUCUGGAACGUGGCGAACCCAUCGAGAAAGAUGCAGCUGGUAGUUUGUCGAGCCGCUUCGUUAGGAUGCUUGCGAAAUAUUCAUUUUGGAUAGUUGGUGGAAUCUUUGGUGGUUUGGCCAUCGGAGCGUCGUUCCCUAUUGCUGCCUGGCUUAUUGGUUUUGUGAUGAAGACGUUUUCAAUUCAGGAUGAUGACGCUCGCCUACUUCGUGAAGCUCGAAAGUGGUCAUUUUGGUUCCUUAUCCUAGCUAUCAUAAAUAUCGGAACUAGUUUCGUGGUUGGAUUUUUCCUUUCUGCUGGUGCCGACAGGAUCGAUAGGAGACUCAGAAUAGUAUCGUUAACGUCACUUUUGAAGCAGGAAAUUGGUUAUUUCGAUAAAGAGGAGAAUGCAUCAGGUGCUUUGACGGCUGCAAUUGCGACUCAUGCGAAUAAUAUAGCUUCUGCAAUUGGACUUGUCUGGCAGCAGCUCGUAUCGGCGACUGGCAAUUUCGUGGGGAGCCUUGUCCUGGGUCUUAUUCUAUCCUGGAAACUUACACUUCUAGGGAUAUCACCCAUCCCGUUCAUCAUUGCUGCUGCCUAUUACAACAUUAUUUUUAUCGAAAAAUAUGAGCGCCAAAUUCAGAAACCUCGAGAGGAAGCCUCGGCGUUUGCAAGCGAGAACGUAGAUGCUAUCAAGACAGUAGCAGCUCUUGGACGUGAAGAUGCAGUUAUGCAACAAUUUGACAAAUCUGCGUCUAAAUACUCUGCAAAGGGGCGUAACUUGGCCAUUGGGGCUAUUGGAUUCGGUGUUGGCAUAGGCAGCAUUCUGAUUCUAAGUUCAAUCGUUAUGUGGUGGGGUACGGCUCUAUACCUACGUGGACAGGUUACCUUGGAAGGAUUGUAUUCGUCGUUCGAAGCUAUUGUUAUUGCCGGCUACUCUGCGAGCCGAAUGUUUACCUUCAUUCCCGACUGGGCACGGAUGGUACACGGUUUCCGGAGUGUAUGCGACUGGGAAGAUCGACAACCCCAAGUUGCUGCACUAAACCUAUCAAACCCGAAUCCGCCUGAAUAUAAGGGUUUAGAUAAAGUCGAAGGAGAAUUGACUUUCAACUCAUGUACCCUGAAGUAUGCCUCACGACCGAAACCUGCGGUGUCUGAUGUAAGUUUCACUAUUAAGCCUGGACAGUCUAUCGCUUUCUGUGGACCAUCCGGUGGAGGUAAAAGCAGCAUCAUAUCAAUGAUUUCGAGGUUUUAUGACCCAACCACUGGCACCAUCUCUCUCGAUGGACAAGAUAUUCGGUAUAUUCCUUUGGAAGAAUACCGUAGUCACAUAGCACUAGUCUCACAAGACGCGAUUCUGUACGAGGGCACAUUCCAUGAAAAUAUCACUCUCGGGGAAGCGUCCAUUUCCCAGGAACAGCUGGAGCGCGCUUGUCGUGAUGCCAGUAUCCUGGAGUUUAUUCAGUCACUCCCUCAGGGAUUUGAUACCAGUGUUGGGUUUAAGGGUUCCCAGAUGAGUGGCGGCCAGAGACAGAGAAUAUGUAUUGCACGAGCACUUUUACGGAAUCCCAAGAUUCUAUUGUUGGACGAGGCUACUUCCGCACUUGAUGCCGAGUCAGAACGAUCGGUCAAAGAAGCUUUAGAACAGGCGUCCAAAGGCAGGACAACCAUCUCGAUUGCACACCGGCUGUCCACUAUUCAAGGAGCUGAUGUGAUUCACGUGGUUGAAGAAGGCCGAAUAGUUGAAAGUGGUAGCCACUUGGAGUUGCUCGCUCUCAAUGGACGUUACGUAGACCUCAUUCGAUCGCAGUUGUGA